UGCAGCACGAUAGUGUGCGAGAGCGAUGAACUUUCGUGUACCAUUUACUUUCAGGACGCGUGGUGGCGCUAUUCAUCUUAUUUUGCAAAUCGUGGUGUCGUCUGCUUCCCCAAGGUUUUGCCCAAUGUGGGACUAUAAAAUUUCACUCGAAAUCUGCAACAAGUUUUCCUUUUGGUAUGUGAAAAUGUGUACGAUACGAUACAAUUCUGAACAAAUUUACACUUGUGCGAGUGCAAUGUAAAAGGGCUUACUUCUUCCACGGAUAAAAUCGACUUGUACCAAAGUGCCAUCACCUCUAUCUGCCGACUUUAGACGCGUGCCGCGUCAAGUUUCGGCGCGUUGGCAGACGCAGCCGCAGGGCGCGCUAACCGGUACCGGAUACGUGCGUGUGUCAGCUGCAGCUGGCGCAGUAAAGAUGAAAAAAAAAAGCUUUCGUAUUAAAAUGUGCUCUUUCCCGUCGACGCUUUACAUCCAACGUUUACUGUUUGCUUCAUUUGUUCUACAAAUCGUCGCCAGACGAUCAGAAAGCUGAAGUCAGUGAAGAUAACAUUGGUACUCCAAUUACAUAUUGUUGCAAUAGUGGGCCUUAAGCUUGGUGCUGAAAAUAAAAUGAGCAUCAGUUGCCAACUGAGGGUUAUCUACCUCACUUGGGUGAUAAUGAUGAGCAUAACUACAACCAGGAAAAUGAUAGAGGCAACAACACAGGAUCUGUAUCAGGUAUCUGCCCCAUCGGAAGUCAGCUACCUGGACCCUGUGUUAUUUGUCUUCCAGGCUGACUAUACAAGGAAACCUCAUAUCAUGUGCUCUUGGGAUUUUGAUGAUGGGCAACGCAUGUUCACCACCACAGCUGAAUUACAACUGGGGAUAUCGCACCAGUACUCUAAUCCUGGGUAUUACACUGUCUUGACAUCAUGUCUCACGUCACGUGGCUUGAUUUAUCAAAGCACCACAGUGACCGUUAUCAAUGAUAUUGACUGGCUAGAGUGUGUCAUCACAGACACCGAUGCAGUCCCGCAAGAAAUCUACCAGGAAGGGAGUAACAUUGUUGUCCACUACCGGCACGAGUAUACGGUCGGGUUAGUCUACAGCUUACUCAUAGAUGAUGUGAAGGUGUAUGAAGCCACUGCACCAACCCCUAGCAAUCCGACCCACGUGGUGCAAGAGAGUCUGAUCAUAACAAGCCAGCUGCAACAACUGAUCCCGCUUGGUAGUCACAAUCUGACGCUACGCGUCAGAAAUGACCGCGUCGACCUACGAUGCCAGAGCGCCUUCACGUUGAUGAGCCCUAUCUCAGGAGUCAGUCUGGUGUCUAGUCAUUCACUUGCGGUCCCUGGGGAAGAUGUUGUGCUGACGGUGAAGGCCGAGUCAGGGUUCCCUGCAAUGAUUGAAUGGAGCAUCAGGAACGGCUCAUCCAUGGUCUGGCAGAUGUUGGCGGCGAGGCAAGGGAGAUUACCUCAAGAUGCUGAUCAGAUAACAACAUCCUUAUCAGAGAUUGGCGAGUUCCAAAUCUGUGCCAGGGUCUACAAUAACUUCACUUCCGAGGAAGCCUGCACCGACAUUGCCUCCCAGUAUCCUGUUACGUCCAUAGUACUGGCAUCAAAUGCUCCCAUUAACUUCGCAGUGGAGGACAGGGUUGACUUCUCUGUGGAGUUUUUGGAUAGACCCAUUCCUACUAGUAUGAGGUACUCAAUGGAGUUUGGAGAUGGUACAAUUGAUAAUUCCUCAGUGGUCGGGAUCACACCCGUGAGUCCAGUCCUCACCACCCCCCACACCUACACCACAGCAGGCAUCUACCAUGCUAAACUGCAUGUCUACAAUGACCUUAGCUCUAUCUUGGAUGACAUCAGUGUGGCAGUACUGCAGCCAAUCACACACCUGAAAAUACGUCUCUCCCAUCACAGUGGAAUCUACUUUCCAAGUAGCGAGACGGAUUGGUUUUGGCAGGAACCACCGUUCAUCCAUCCCCUGGUGACAGAAAAUGAAUAUUCAUUUCAGCUACAAGGAACUGGCACUGUACAGUACGUCACCUGGACAAACGCUGGGGCAAGCUACGAGAACCACAUCAACACUACUAGUAGAUCCCUGUUCUACAAGUUUCCCUCCAACGGCACUUUCACGGUACAAGCGACUGCAGGAAACGUCUACUCUACCUUUACAACAGUCGAGGCAUCGGUGAUGGUACUUGAUGCCAUUGUGAGUCUUUACCUGAUCAGCAACAGUCCCAAAACUGAAGGUGAACCAGUCACAUUUCUAGUGCUUGCGGAAAAACUUGGCUCCAACUCGUCGUUCAGCAUCAGCUUCGGGGACGGGUAUUCGGAGCCGGUGACUGAACCCCAGCGUGACACCGACAUGAUGCGAUUUGUGCCAAAGAAUCUCGCCCUGCCGACGGACCCGGCAAAGUCCUACGUCACAGUUAUGAACCACACUUACGAAGACGUCGGAGUCUACGCCCCAAGGGUUACCGGCUUAAACGCUGCGAUGGAAUGGAUCGCUAUCACCUAUGUGUUUGUACAGGAUGCUGCCCAUAUUUGCAGGAUACCAGUCAUUCACGUUAAAGAUGGUGGUAGUAGCUACUACCUGGCAAAGAAAUACAGCCGAAGUAAAGCAUUCAUCUUCGGUGCAGACGUUGAGAUAAACUGCCAGCAGGCUAAGAGGGCUCACUACCAGUGGAAGGUAUGCACAGUCGACAGUUUAUUCACGGUCCCCAGCCCAUCCAAUGAGGUUAGCCUUCCGCCAAGCGUCAACACACAGGCUGCCGAUAUGUACAUUCCGGGGUUCAUCCUGGGCUACGGCAUGUACAUCUUUCAACUCACCGUUACCUUGGUGAUGAAGGAUGCGGAUGCAGCCAGUGUGGAGAACGUUGCCCAUAGUUACAUCGAGGUUACCCCGGCUGACCUUGUGGCUAGGAUCGGAGGAGGUUCAGCACUGGCAGUUGGCUGGUAUUCCAAUAUCACACUGGAUGCCUCAGACUCCUAUGAUCCAGACCAGGCACCAGGCACUGCGAUGCAGGGCUUCAGUCACGCAUGGUACUGUCGCCAAUCCAACGAGUCCUUCCCUGAGAACAUGACACUAAUUUCUCAUCAAUACCUACCAUCAACAGGUGGCUGUUUUGGGAGAGGAUUCCUUCUGUCAGAGACCAGUAAUCACUCGGUGAUCAUUCCAGCACAGACACUGGAAGGCAGCCAAAAUUAUGUCAUCCUUCUGAAAUUGUCAAAGACUGGUCGCAGGAAUGCAUACGCUGAGCAGACAAUUACCAUCCUCCCUGGACAUCCAAAUACCAUUUAUAUCAGGUGCCUGAUGAACUGUGGAUCCCAGCUCAACCCAUCGGCCCGACUGGUCCUGGCUGGACUGUGCCCUGACUGCACGGCUUCCGCACAACCUUACUUUGAAUGGACGCUGAGAUCAAGUAACCAGACUACAGCGGUGCAGACCUUAGACUGGGCCAGGGACACCACAACUGGACAGCACGGCUCUUACCUUGCCAUCAAUGCUGGGGUUUUUGCUGGAUCUAGCAAUGAGAUGUACACCAUACACCUACAAAUGCAGAGCAGGAGUGGGUCUAUCAGCUUUGCAGAGUACACGUUCACAACAAACACCCCACCGACGGUGGGCAACUGCUCCAUCACGCCAACAGAGGGGGUUGUCCUGACAACACGCUUCUCCAUCAUCUGUGAGCACUUCGAGGACAUCCACACCCCGUUGACGUACGAGGCGCACACUGUAACGGGAGCGGAGAGGUCUGUUGGGGUCAGCUCGCUUGAUGCGUCGGUGGAAGGUACUCUACUGUUCUAUGGAGUAGACCCUAACAUUCCAUCAACCUUCCUCCCUCUCGGCCGACCCAGCCAAGACUACAAGGUGGACAUCAAGAUUAAAGUGACGGAUUCCCUAGGUGCAAGUGUCUACACUUGGUUAUCUGCAAAAGUACAGGAGGCUGAAAGCAGCGACGUAGAGGCACUAGCCCUGCAACUGACCUCGGACGAGGACUCCCAACUGAACCAGCUGUUGGGAGAAGGCAACAUCCAGACAGCUACACAGGUCAUCACUAGUGUCAGCUCCAUGUUGAAUCAGGAGUCCGAGAGGGACAGUCAGCAUGAGGACGAGGGGGAAGAUGAACAGACUGACGGGGAGCAACACCAAGUAGAACUAGAACAGAAGAAACAGAAAAGAGUGCAGGCUAGGGAGUCACUUCUUGACAUGCUGAGUAAUGUGGAAGUGAAUAGCUUGGAAUCCAUACAACUCACCUCAUCUGCCAUCUCUCGGGUUACCAGUGAAGUGGAGGAGAUAUCUCCUCAUGCGCAGGUGUCUACUGCUUCUGCCUUCUUGAGCAUGGGUUCCCGGCUGAAGGAGCAGGCUGAUACGGGAGUGGGCGGAGAGGCAGUUGAAGGGGCAGCGAUGUUCAUGGUAUCGGGAUUGUCCAACAUCAUGACUUCUGCCAACUUCAGACAAACUGAAAAUGGCUCAGACGUUCAGCUGCUAUUAGAUAACGAGAAGGCUGAACAGACUCGUAAUGUUACCCUGGUCUCCCUGCACGCGCUGGAUGACGUCCAGACAGCCAUCCUUCUCAACAAGGUGCCCGGGGAGCAGCCCACCGUCCUACAGACCGACUCGCUGUCAGUCAUCCUGCAGAGGCAGGAGAAGAGGAAUCUUGACGGACUGGUGCUGCAGACGGAGAACUCAGACGUGGUCUUCAGAUUGCCAGCUGGGUUAAGCACAGCUAUCGACCAGCACCGAGCAUCCUCAUAUGAUGAAGUCAUUGAUACACAGAUUCACCACUUUCAACAAAAUCCCUUUACUUGGACUGAGAGUAGCAGCAUGGUGACAAGUCAUGUGACUAGCCUGAGACUGGGACACGGCAGCGACCAAUCAGAUAUCGCCGUCCAGAGACUGCCACAAGACGUGGAAAUAAUAGUGACCAAUGGCGACACUGCCAAGCCAGUCCUCCUCCAACCGCUGACCAAUCAGCAAGGCAAUCAAACAAUCUAUGCAUUCAAUUUGACCAAUCAGGAUGCAGCAGUCAUUGUCAGGGUCCAACUGAACCAAUCAUCGGAGCUGACAGAAAUACCCCGUCUGAGUUUAUGCCUUCAACUUGAACUGGCAACUAACGACACCAGCUCACAAUGCAAUGCUUCAGUGACUAUGCCGCAGAAUGUGACAGACUCGCAUUUCUCACUGAAUAACACAAACAUGACCUUUGACCCAUACCUUUGGGUCAUUCCAAGUGAGAACCUUCCUGAAGCUGGGGGGUAUUUCUUGACUUUGGUUGGAGGGGAUGUUAUUGAUCUUGCACAGCACAUUCUUGUGUAUGCUUUCAGCACACAGUGUCUGUACUGGGAUGAAGCAAGGGAAGAGUGGCUAGGUGACGGCUGCCAGGUUGGACCUUUCACAACUGCAGCCCAGACCCACUGUCUCUGCAACCAUCUCACGUCCUUUGCUGCCAGUAUCCUGGUCCUCCCGAAUGCAGUUGACCUGACAGACUUUUCCCUGUUUGCAACUAUUCCUGAGAAUCCCAUCACCUUAAUAACAGUUGCCGUUGUGUUUGUCCUGUUUGUGCUGUGUGCGGUGUGGGCACACCGGAGAGAUCGACUAGAAAGAGAAAAGGCUCGACUUAUCAUCCUGGAUGACAACAGUCCAGAUGACACCUACCGUUACCACGUCACCGUCUUCACCGGCAUGCGCAGAGGAGCCGGCACGACAGCAGUCGUCACCCUGACUCUUGAGGGCAUAGUGGGAAACAGUGAGCCCCACGUCUUGUCUGCGAACGGUCAUCACAAGGUAAUGCAGAGAGGUGGCAUUGAUUCCUUCCUUCUGACGACAAAGGAAUCGUUGGGAAUACUCCGAUCCAUCAGGCUAUGGCACGACAACGGAGGUAGCGGCCCUGAGUGGUACCUUAGCCGCAUCCUAGUUCAUGAUCUGGAAAAAGAUCGUUGGUGGUAUUUCCUGUGCCACACAUGGAUUGCCAUCGAUCUUGGCGAUGGCAAAAUUGACAAGACGUUUCCUGUGGCAAACACCGAAGACCUGAAGGAUUUCCAUCAUCUGUUCUUCACUAGAAGCGUUCGCGACAUGAAGGACAACCACCUGUGGUUCUCUGUGCUGUCCCGGCCACCCCGUAGCAGCUUCACCCGACUUCAGCGCGUCGCCUGCUGCUUCUCCCUCCUGCUGUCCUCCAUGCUGAUGAACAUCAUGUUCUACAAGGUCGGGGAAGGGGAGCCAGAUGAGACGUACAACUUUGGGGUGAUGAGCAUCUCGCUCAAGACCAUUGUGAUUGCUACUGAAGCCAGCCUCUUGGCUUUGCCUAUCAAUCUAGCCAUUGUCCAGAUUUUCAGGGAGGUCAGACCCAAGGAGGAUGACAUAGAGAUUGUGCCAGCCAGCGAGUCGGAAGAUCCACAGGAUCAAGCUGAUCAGGAUGUGGAGUGCAAAGAGAGCUUAGAACCUCAAGGAGAAGUUCUUUCAACCGUGGGAAGCAACGCGACAGGGACUUCCUCUGGGUCUUCAAGUAUCCAGUCACAAACCUCCACACCAAAUAUGGCAUCAAGAAACUCUCCUCUUCAAGAAGCAAGUAGACCGCAAAGCGCCAUGAGGGAAGACACUAAAACGUCUGUCAGCCGGGAGUCCUUACCAGAGAGGGACAUUUUCAAUAGUGACAAGGCCUACGAGGAGUACGUUGAUAAGUAUGCAGAGUUUGUGUAUCUGAGGAGUACUUGCAAAGGCGACAACACGGGCAGUCACAAGUUGCUGGAAGCUGGCAACUUGCAGAGUCUGGUACAUGUACCUUUAGAAAGGGAUAGUUCAAGCCAACAUGCUCAGCAAGAUUUCAGGCCAGACCUGUUGCCCGAAUGUGACCAAGCCUUACUCUGUACUAACAUGAGGCAACUGACUGAAACUUCCGGAAAUGCCAAUGUAAACAGAACCUCUCCCGGUAGUGAAUCAAGCAUACUGCCCCACUCUUCUCAGUCCAACCAGAGUUCUCGCAGUUCCAGCAGCAUCCACAUCCUGAUCUCCCCAAACGAGGAAUCCUCUGUUGAUCUGAACCCUUCCGACUCGGUCAUCUACACAUCCUACCAGGACUUCCUGAGCUCCCGCUUGAACCUGCUGUACGAGCAGCUUCACAAUCCUCCACCAAACCUCUUCAGGAGUGAGGAGGACCGCAAGAAAGCCUUGCGUAAGUUUAAACUGGCCCUGGCCCUGCAUGGCUGGAAAGAGGAAAGGGAGAGAGAAUCGGGGUCGGCAGGCUCAGAGGAGACCCCGUCGGAGCCAAAAGACGAAGUGCAGAGACUGUUUAGUGGACUGGGACACCUCCCGUGGUGGUGCGUCUACAUUGCCUGGUUCCUCGCCAUAUCCUCUAGUCUCUUUGCUGCCUAUUUGAUCAUUCUGUACGGCCUGACCUUUGGCAAGCAGAAGUCCAUCGACUGGCUGAUCUCAAUGAUCAUCUCCCUGAUCCAAAGCGUUGUCGUGAUCCAACCGGUGAAGGUCAUUGCCAUAGCAGCAUUUUUUGCCAUAGUUCUCAAAUCCUAUGAUUAUGAUGAAAUUGGAGUGAAGUUCUUCAAGCAGCUCAAGAUAAUUGCAGGUGUCCAGCAAUCCAGCACCAUGAGCACCCAGGGCAGUACCUUCUCUGCUAAACGCAGAGGCACCCACUUCUACCGGCCUCCUCCGGGCACCGCUGUGGAGCAGGCUCGGGAGAAGCGACACGCAGAGAGGAAGAUGUACUCCCUGAUCAAGGCCUUCAUCGGCCAGAUAGUGUUCAUCUGGUUGGCCCUGCAGGUCAGCAAUGCCCAGCGGGAUCCUGGGAGUAUCUACCUCAGCCUGGCCAUGAGCAAUAGCUUCACGACACAACUCCACCAGGUGAAAACUAUGCCUGAUGUCUACACAUGGAUACAGGAGGAGUUUGCACCCAGCCUGUACGAAGUUGAGCCAAGUUCAGUUCUGCAGGAAUCGUUCCUUGUGGGAAGCCCAAGACUGCGCCAGCUGAGGGUAAAACCAGAGUAUUGCAGUGAGCCAGCCACUUACCGAGGUAUGCGUCCAGGAUGCCACGCUGUCCCCGGCACAGAAUCAGAGCAAGGUGCUUACAAUGGCUCCUGGACUCGGCCUAUGUCGUCUUUCAAUGCAUCUCAGGACUGGUCCAUCAAUCCUUGGGUCUACCAGCCCCGGUGGCAGGCAAAAGGCAGCUACUUCCUGACGGGCCUUGGACCCAACGAUCGUGGGGGAUUCGUUGUCGAUCUAGGUCCAUCCAGGGCAUCUGCAGAGAACCGGACCAACCUCCUGGAAGACUCCCGGUGGGUCGAUCAGUACACCAAGGCAAUGAUCCUGGAGUGGGUGGUGUACAAUGCCAACAUAAACCUCUUCUGCGCCAGCACUGUCGUCUUCCGCGCCGAAGGGACCAGCGUUGUUCCCUCUUACGAGCUUGCCACCCUUCGCCUGUACCGCUACACCGACAAGUACGACAAGUUUGUGUUGACUCUAGAGGUGCUUUAUCUCUUGGUUGUUGUCGUCAUCAUUGGGAUGGAGGUGGUGAAGUGGAACAACGAUCGUGGAGAAUACUGGAACUUCUGGAGCUGCCUUACCAUCGCUAUUAUUAUUCUAUCCAUCUCAGCAACAACGGCUUACAUAUGGCAAUACGUUCUCACAAUGAGGACCAUGCAGCUCUAUAAAGCUGAUCCAAGCGUACACCACAGCUUUGCAGACCUAGUCCUCUUGGACUCGGUCCUUGUGACUAGUCUGGCUGGCGUGGUCUUCUGCAGCAUCCUCAAGUGUCUCAAGGUCCUCCACUACAACGACAGCAUGUUCCUGCUUCAGAACACCGUGCACAGGCUCUCCGAGACCCUCGUCUUCUACCUGUCCAUGCUUGGAGUCGCCCUGAUGGGCUUUGCCUUUUUUGGCUACCUCAGCUUCGGCCGGCAGUUCAGGGACUUCUGCGAUCUGUUGCAGUCCAUACAGUCCGUGUUUGUGCUCGUCCUGCGCAGGUACAGCGACAUGCUGAACAUCAUGGAGUCCUUCGGAAUACACGCAUACGUAUUCUUUGCAGUCGCCAACUUCUUCCUCAUGGCAGUCGUCGUCAAUCUCUUCGUCGCAAUGCUGUUGAAUUGCUACUCCACGGCCAAGAGCAAGUUUGUCCGGUACAAGGACCACGACGUGGUCAGCAUGCUGACAGAGUGGUUCUUCUCAGCUUUUUCCAUCAAAGAGCGGCCCAAGCCCUUGCACAAGCACAACAGCAUUGUGUCGCUAGACGAGUUGUAAAAGACUUGUGGUGUGACAUGGAAGAAACCACAUGUACCUAAUUUAGGGGAAUUUUUGUGUUGAUGAAAGUUACUGGAGCAAAAUUGUGUUCCUCUCUAAGGACUUUGUAUAAAACUUCUCUUGAGAAUUCAUUUAACAGAUGAUUUGCUGUUCACUCUUGUACAAAAAUCAGUAGUAAAGGGCAGAUUUUUCCACACAGAAUUGUCAGGGUUUAUUAGCUUGUGCUAGGUGUUGGAUAUUAUUCAGAUUUGGGGAAGUUGGGGUUAACGCAGUCUUAACAUCUUUGCAACAAAGCAGAUCUCGAUUUUCUGUAUUUGCUUUAUUUUUCAUAACAGAACAUGAUCUUACUGAUCUUCUGUGCAUUUCAUAAAAAUAAAGAAGUUUGUUUUUAAACUA